GCUUGGCCCUCUAGCCCUCACUGUCACUGUCACUGUCACUGUCACUCAGCUCUGAGCUGACACUACAGCAGCACGCGUGGAGACGGUCGAGAUCCGCGUAGAGUGCGUGGUAGGCCAGCAACGAAAUCCGGAAGUUGACUCCUUUUGCGUGAUACCGCAGCAAAUCGAAUCCCGCCGGCCCCCCCCCACGUUACCGACUGUCUCCCGGAGUGUCUCGAGCCAAGCGUUGGAGAGCCCAUCCUUGAUGCGAGGGCCCAACCGAUCCUCGGCCUUUCCAAAUGGCCUCACGUCUGGGACCUCAACCCUCGCUGGCGACAUCUCGAUCGUCGCCACAGGAUGGUACAUUUCCACCCCUGACGCGCGCAAACACCCUACCUGAUCUCAACGCCAGCAACUCACCCCGGACAUCGCGCUCCCAUCUGGCACCGGAAGAUGCCUUCUUCGCGACUUCUCCGCCUCGACAAGUGAAUGGUUACGACAAUAAUCUGCGGUACGACUCGGGCGCAGAAUCCCGCAAACGACUGCGAUCGAAGCUCGGUAGCCGUAGCAGGAGUAGACACCGCCGGAGGAGGCGUACUUGGAAGAAGAUCUUGUGGGUGAAGCAGUCCUUCCCGGACAACUAUACCGAUGCGACUACCUUCUUGGACAGUCUGCAAAGAAACCCACGCCUGCAGCCCUACGAGUUCUGGCCGCUUGUUGCAGACACCACUGUCAUUGUCCAGCAAGUUUGUUCCGUCACCAUAUUCGUUGUCUGCUUCGUGGGCAUCUUCACGGAGAGGGUAUCGCCUGUAACCAUAGUGGGAUGGAGCAGCUUCGCAACCUUUCUUGGCUGGCUAGUCUGGGACUGGUGGAUAGGCCAGGAGGGCGAAGACGAAGUCUUGCAGCGCCAGAACAGUCUGCGCAGUCGCGGUGCCCGACACCAAGCCAGACAGGAAAAUAGCAGGUCGUCGACGGCCGCGCCUACACCCUCCGUCACCGCUGCGAGCUCCAUGGUCAAUCUAAGCACAACAGAGAGAUCUCAAUCACAGAGCAAUCUCACCACACUGCGGCAGCCUGCUGGCGGGUCGGCGAUAUCAUUGCAUUCGAGCGUAUCGCACAGUAGCAAUCAGGGGCGCACAAUCGAUCUGCAGGAUGGGCUCAAACACCGCCCCUCGUCUCCGCUACGGAGUGGGCGGCUCAGUCUGCGGCUGAGCACCAUCAAAUCCGCCAUCCUUAUUUACUUCACCAUCUUGGGGCUUUCGCCCAUACUCAAAUCCCUGACGAGAUCAACCUCACCUGACAGUAUCUGGGCCAUGUCAUUCUGGUUGUUGACUGUCAAUAUAUUCUUCUACGACUACUCGGGCGGCGUCGCCGUUAAAUUCCCGGCAUCCUUGUCCACCAAUGCCGCACUGAUGGCCUCGACAGUGCUCGCGUCCCGCCUUCCUUCUACGGGCCAAGUAUUUAGCCUAACGUUGUUCAGUAUCGAGGUGUUUGGAUUGUUCCCGGUAUUUCGAAGGUACGCACGGCACCGAAGCUGGCAAUAUCACGUCAUGCUGUCUGUGUUGCUGAUAAUCGGGGCCGGAGGUGGGGUCGGUCUAGUCCUGAGCGAUAAGAACGACCCCGGGUUCCCAUGGAAGAAUGGACUCAUAGGUGUUACGGUCGGUGUGUUCAUCGCCGUAUUUGCCAUGGGUGCUUCCAGUUGGUGGUUGAUUGGGUUGCAAAAGUACAAGAACGCCAUGAAUGGACCAUGGGACCAAGCUAGACCCAUCAUCAUAAGCCGUCGGGCUUGGGAUGACGAUUAAGUAGAGUAUGACCACAAUGACCAUGGCAGUAUUAAUCAUGUUGACUGUUCUCGAAUUUCUUUCUUUCAUUGGCCCGGCAAUGAUCCGCUGUCGAAGUCUCGACAUCUUAAUGCAGUACUUUUGUCAUGUUCUGGUCUGAUAGCGCACAAAUGCAGAAAUGGCUGACAGUCAACACAACGUUAUUUGAGGACGACGUACACAUAAUGGUUUGGGCGAGAUAUAACAGUACACUCAUAAAUGGUGAAUAUGUGGUGAACAACAAUCUGUCGCCGACUGGCCAACUACAAUCUAGUUCUCGCAAACGAAACAUAC